AUGAAGCUUUCAACAUCAGGAUUGAGUCAGCAGCCUCAUGAAGGAGAGAAGAAGUGUUUGAAUUCUGAGCUAUGGCAUGCCUGUGCUGGUCCUCUUGUAUGCCUACCAUCGGUAGGGAGUCGUGUGGUUUACUUUCCUCAGGGACAUAGUGAACAGGUAGCGGCAACAACUAAUAAAGAAGUUGAUGCUCACAUACCCAAUUACCCAAACUUGCCGCCCCAGUUGAUCUGUCAACUUCACAAUGUCACAAUGCAUGCAGAUGUUGAAACAGAUGAAGUAUAUGCUCAAAUGACGCUGCAGCCCUUGACACCGCAAGAACAAAAGGAUACAUAUCUUCCUGUUGAGUUGGGAAUUCCUAGCAGGCAGCCUACUAAUUAUUUUUGCAAGACACUCACCGCAAGUGAUACCAGUACGCAUGGUGGCUUUUCUGUUCCUCGUCGUGCUGCAGAGAAAGUUUUCCCUCCUUUGGAUUUCUCACAAACACCACCUUGCCAAGAAUUAAUUGCAAGGGAUCUGCAUGACAUUGAAUGGAAAUUCAGGCAUAUUUUCCGAGGACAGCCUAAGCGGCAUCUUCUUACGACUGGCUGGAGUGUGUUUGUUAGUGCCAAAAGACUUGUCGCUGGAGAUUCAGUUCUUUUCAUUUGGAAUGAGAAAAAUCAGCUCCUCCUGGGAAUUCGUCGUGCAACUCGACCCCAAACUGUGAUGCCAUCAUCUGUUCUGUCUAGUGACAGCAUGCACAUUGGAUUGCUUGCUGCCGCUGCUCAUGCUGCCGCUACCAAUAGCUGUUUCACUGUUUUUUUCAACCCAAGGGCUAGCCCAUCUGAGUUUGUGAUACCUCUUUCAAAAUACAUUAAAGCUGUAUAUCACACUCGUGUUUCCGUUGGAAUGCGUUUCCGGAUGCUAUUUGAAACUGAAGAAUCAAGUGUCCGAAGAUACAUGGGCACAAUUACUGGCAUUGGUGACUUAGAUCCGGUUCGCUGGGCCAACUCCCACUGGCGCUCUGUCAAGGUCGGUUGGGAUGAGUCAACAGCAGGCGAGAGGCAACCCAGGGUUUCACUAUGGGAGAUAGAGCCUUUGACUACUUUCCCAAUGUAUCCAUCUUUGUUCCCUCUUAGGCUAAAACGGCCUUGGUACCCAGGAACUUCAUCUUUUCAAGAAAAUAACAGUGACGCUAUUAAUGGAAUGGCAUGGUUGAGAGGGGAAGGUGGUGACCAAGGGCCGCAUCUGAUGAAUCUUCAAUCUUUUGGCAUGCUUCCCUGGAUGCAACAAAGAGUCGAUCCAACUAUUCUCCGAAAUGAUCUUAACCAGCAGUAUCAAGCUAUGUUGGCUACUGGUUUGCAAAAUUUUGGGAGUGGCGAUAUGCUGAAACAGCAACUGAUGCAGUUUCAGCAGCCUGUCCAAUAUUUUCAGCACGCAGGCAAUCAUAAUCCCCUCCUGCAGCAGCAACAGCAACAACAACAACAAGCAAUGCAACAGCAACAGGCUAUUCAUCAGCAUAUGCUGCCUGCUCAAACUCAAAUGGAUAACGUUCGAAGGCAACCACAGCAACAAGUCGGCAAUCAGCUGGACGACCAGGCUCAUCAACAUUCUUACCGGGAACCAUAUCAAAUAUCACAUAGCCAGCUCCAGCAGAAACAACCAUCAAACAUUCCUUCUCAGUCAUUUUCAAAGCCGGAUUUCGCAGAUCCGAACUCUAAGUUUGCAGCUUCUAUUGCUCCAUCGGUCAUUCCAACGGGGCUAGGUUCUUUAUGUUCGGAAGGAAGUAGUAACUUUUUGAAUUUCAAUAGAAUUGGUCAGCAGUCUGUGAUCAUGGAGCAGCCACCUCAAAAAUCUUGGAUGUCAAAAUUUGGGCAUUCAGAAUUGAAUGCUGGCUCCAACUCAUCCUCACUCCCGGCAUAUGGGAAAGAUACUUCCACUUCACAGGAAACUUGUAGUUUAGAUGCCCAGAAUCAAACUCUUUUUGGUGCUAAUGUUGAUUCUUCAGGGCUUCUCCUCCCGACAACUGUGUCCAAUGUUUCUACUACAUCAAUUGAUGCUGAUAUGUCCGCUAUGCCACUAGGGACUUCUGGAUUUCAGAAUUCUCUAUAUGGUUAUGUGCAAGACUCUUCUGACUUGUUGCAUAAUGCAGGACAAGUUGAUCCACUAAAUGCGACCCGUACAUUUGUCAAGGUUUACAAAUCAGGGUCUGUUGGGAGGUCACUGGAUAUCACCCGGUUCAACAGCUAUCAUGAGCUACGGCAAGAACUGGGACAGAUGUUCGGGAUUGAAGGGUUCCUUGAAGACCCUCAAAGAUCAGGCUGGCAGCUUGUAUUUGUUGACAGGGAGAAUGAUGUCCUUCUCCUUGGAGAUGACCCAUGGGAGGCAUUUGUCAACAAUGUCUGGUAUAUCAAAAUUCUUUCACCCGAGGAUGUGCAGAAACUGGGGAAGGAAGAGGUUGAAACCCUAAAUCGUGGUUCACUUGAAAGGAUGAACAGUAAUAGUGCUGAUGGUCGGGACUUCAUGUCUGGACUGCCAUCGAUAGGGUCACUUGAGUACUGACUGUUGUCAUCGUUCGAUAUAGAAAGUGUGGUUCCAAGUCUCUGCUCCCCAAGAGCUCAGAUGUCUCAAUUUUCAUACCGUGUUUCUUGGCUUCUUUAGCGUUGGCCUAAUUAAUCCCGUCUCAAUUGUAUGGCGUAAUUCUUUGUGUAGUAGAGAUUUAAUCCAUCUCCCAUUUGUAUUACAAUGCUGUUGUAUGAGUUAAUCUUUAAUCACUGUACUCAAGCGCAAGACAGACAUGAUUUAGACUAAGAAUCUUGAAGAUGUAAACUUGUCAAUGCAGUUAAAACUUUUGUGAGUGCAUUUGUUAUUUGUUA